AUGCUCAUCAUGAACCAGCUUCCGUCCCCAUCUCUAGGUGGCCUGGCACCUGUCACCGCCAUGUCUAGCCGUCCGGCCAUGUCACCGAUGGACACGAUCUCUUUACCUGGCUCCCUAAAGUCAGCAACCCUGAAUGAGAUCGAGUCGAUGCAGCGUGCCAACAUUGACAAUUCACGUGCCGCCCUGGACGCUAUGCACAAGGAGAUGAAUGCGGCGAAUGCAUUGAAGCGCGAUCGAGCGCGAAAGCCACAUGACAAGAAGCGUGGUGUCAAGAUGGCCCAGUUCGUUGUGGGCUAUUAUGUGCUCUACCAAGACGUCUGGCAGCACCAUCGCGCCAAGUUGCGUACCACCUGGUGUGGGCCUGCUGUGUUGACUUUUGUGACCAGCAGUUGGCUGUACGUCUUCAAGAACCUAAUCACCGGCGACGAGCGAGAAGCUCAUGCCAGCCGCCUCAAGUUUUACGCUGACAAGAGUCUACAUCUGUCCGAAGAUUUAAAGGAACAUGUGGCCCACAACUCUGACGGUUACGAGGUGGAGGCCAUCCUGGACGCUCUCUACAUUGCAGCGAAGAAAUCCUAUGAAGUUCUCAUCAAGUGGCGUGGUCUCCAAGUCGUGGAGAAUGCCUGGGAGCCAACGGCCACCAUAUACGAAGAUGUCGCGGUGGCGUUCAAGAACUUCAGCACCAAGAAGGGAUCCUCCGCCGUCAUCAAGCAGAUAGCCAAUGACUAUUCCGUGAUGGAGUAA